AUUUGUUAGCCCUCUGUGUUUGACCCUCUUGGCUCUAGAUUGUAAUUUCUAAAUUUUUAGUUAAAAGGUCUUUUUUUCUAUUUCUGUCCUGGUCCAGUCAUGCAUUUUUUCCAUUGAAUUUGGAAGUGCGAAUCAAGCUUUGAAUGUUGGCAUUAUGUUAAGAGAAGAAUCCAGAAAGUGUGAAGGACAAAAUGGAACUUAACCCUCAACAGAUAAUAAAAGUAGGAGAAAAAGAUUCAAGGUUUGAAUCGCCGAUUGAUUUAAGUUUAAAUAUCACUACAGAAGCACAACUUCCAAGCAUACAGUGGAACAAUGCCCAGGAAAAACCAAGGUUAAUGAAACUUACAAACAGUGGUGAAUCAGUAAUCUUGAGUGCAAAAUGGUUUAGCCCAAGACCAUUUUUGACAAAAGGUCCUUUCAAUGACUGUUACGUAUUCUCUCAAGUUCAUUUUCAUUGGGGAAAGAAUGAACAAGAAGGAAGCGAGCACAAAAUCAACGGUGCAUCAUUGCCUAUGGAAAUUCAUGUGAUGUUCUUUAAAAGCAUGUACUUGUCGCAGGAAGAAGCCAUGAAAAAAUUAGAUGGUGUCACGGUUUUAGCGUAUCUUGUUAAAAUUCAUAAUGAAGAUAAUGCACAUUUAAAGCCGAUAAUCGAUGCGUUAGAUAAAAUUAAAGGCCCUUUUACCUCACAGCACAUUGAUCUGUUAUCUCUACAAGAAAUAGUGCCGUUGUUCACUGAUGAUUAUUUGAUGUAUUGGGGAAACGUGGUUAAUAGCCAUAAAAUAUUGUGGCUUAUUUGCCGGCAGCCUUUAACAAUCAGCCCAGAACAGCUAAGCAAGUUUCGCUUACUUAUGGGAAAAGACAAGAAGCUAAUGCAACAGAAUUUUAGAGAUGUUAAACCUGUGAACCAUCGGAUGAUAUUUCAUGUUAACAUUGGUUAUGACAAGCAUAAUGUCCUGUAUUUGCUACCCCAUGAAAAAGUAGUAACAGGUACCACAGAUGCAAGUAGUGUUUCUGGUAGUUCGAGGAAAUCUGCUAAGAAAAAGAGCAUCAAGAAAAUGAGCAUUAAAAAGCAGAGCAUUAAGAAACAGAGUAUUAAAAGGAAAUCUUCGGUUAAAAAUAAAAAGAGUGCAAAUACAGCUGAAAUGGACAUGAGAGAUGAUCCGUCAACCGCGUUGCAGAGAUGGAAAGAAAUAGCAUGUGACACUUGCAACACAAUAGAUGUACAAAUUCAAAGAGAGAUAGAAAAAAAGGAUUACUACAAUACGUACACGACCAAACUGAAACUUCUUGAAGACAUUUUAACACAAAAACUGCUUGAAAGCAACAUAGAUUUUGAAGAUCCAAAUUUUAUGACUGGCGUCAGACAAUUUGCAAGGGAUGAGGAGAAUUUGAAGGACGAUGACUUCCUGAUGAUUAACAAAGUCGAAAAUCUGAUUAAAAGCCUCAAGACUACGCUGAGUUUGCAUAGGGAGAAAAAUCCAAAAAUAACUUCUAAACCUCUUAGAAGCUCAAUCUCAUCCCCCGCGCUUAAAAUUGUUAUUCCAAUGAACAAUUCAGUGCCUAUUUUAAAAGAAGCAGAAAUAAUCGAAUCGACUGGAAUAAAUGUAAAUACUAAAAAUGAAAGGACUAUUACAACACAAAAAGAAAGUGAACAUGUAGACGAGAUUUCAAAAGACGUGAAAAAACAAGUACGACCAGUAACCGUUGAACCUGAAGUCAACUUAAAAUCACCAAAUGAUCCUGCAUGGAACAAAAGAAACCAGUCAAGCCAAGUGACGAACAAACCAAAAAGAACAAUGGUGAAAGAAGUGUUUGAAAUUAACAAACAAUCUAAACCAAAUGAACAACAGAAUAAACUAUCUUCUUUUAAAGGGAAACAAAUAGACAAAAAACCUUUAUGGAAAUAUUAAAAUUUUAUUGUAAUCUUCACACUAAUAGUAUGAAACAUCAUUUUAUUAAAUUACACAUUUUAUUUACAGA